AAUAAAUAAAUAAAAAUAAAGUAAAAGCAUCACUCAGAAUCUUUUUUUUGAGAAGAACUGAUGUGGGGGCAGGGUGUGUGGAAGAAGGGAAGAAAUGACAGUGGCCUGAACCAGGGUAAGUCUAGUGUAGGUGGUUGAGAAGUGAUUCUUCUGGAAGGUAAAGUUGCUGAUGGAACUGAAUGGAGGAUGCCAAGACUUUUGACCUGAGUGAUUAGAAGGAUGGAGUUAACAUCAGGUGAAAUACGGGAAACUUCUUCAAGUGGAACAAAUUUGAGAGGCUGCACCACCCAGGACACUAUGAAAAUGAAGUUGCCACUGACUGGAGGUCAGCAGUCCUGCAUUGGAUCCAGAUGAAUGUACAGCAGCAUGGAACCCCCAAGGCUAUGCUCUAGAGGGUCAUCUCUGAACCUCCUUGAAAAUGAUGAGGUGGAGUUUGUCCGAACUGGCUAUGGGAAAGAUAUGGUAAAAGUUCUCCAUAUUCAGCGAGAUGGAAAAUAUCACAGCAUUAAAGAAGUGGCAACUUCAGUGCAACUUACUCUGAAUUCCAAAAAAGAUUACCUGCAUGGAGACAAUUCAGAUAUCAUCCCUACAGACACCAUCAAGAACACAGUUCAUGCCUUGGCAAAGUUUAAAGGAAUCGAAAGCAUAGAAACCUUUGCUGUGAAUAUUUGUGAGCAUUUUCUUUCUUCUUUUAACCAUGUCAUCCAAACUCAAGUCUAUGUGGAAGAAAUCCCUUGGAAGCGGCUUGAAAAGAAUGGAGUUAAGCAUGUCCAUGCAUUUAUUCACACUCCCACUGGAACACACUUCUGUGAGGUUGAACAGCUGAGAAGUGGACCCCCAGUUAUUCAUUCUGGAAUCAAAGACCUCAAGGUCUUGAAAACAACCCAGUCUGGAUUUGAAGGUUUCAUCAAGGACCAGUUCACCACCCUCCCUGAGGUGAAGGACCGAUGCUUUGCCACACAAGUAUACUGCAAGUGGCGCUACCACCAGUGCAGGGAUGUGGACUUCGAGGCUACCUGGGACACCAUUCGGGACCUUGUCCUAGAGAAAUUUGCUGGACCCUAUGACAAAGGCGAGUACUCGCCCUCUGUUCAGAAGACCCUCUAUGAUAUCCAGGUGCUCUCCCUGAGUCGAGUUCCUGAGAUAGAAGAUAUGGAGAUCAGCCUGCCAAACAUUCACUACUUCAACAUAGACAUGUCCAAAAUGGGUCUGAUCAACAAGGAAGAGGUCUUGCUGCCAUUAGACAAUCCAUAUGGCAAAAUUACUGGUACAGUCAAGAGGAAGUUGUCUUCAAGACUGUGACAUUGUGGCCACCAAUAGGAGUCCACUCUCAGCUGAGGAAUUCCUUAUGUCAUUUGUGAUGCUGGAGAUUAUAGCAUGUAGCCAUGCAAAAUUUCACACUAGUAUGUUGAUUUAUAGUGUUCAUUUUCCUCCAAUACGAAGCAAUUUAUUUCUACUACAUCUAGCUCAGCAAGGCAUUCUGUGGAUUACCUUAUUAGUAAUUGUAACAUGCUUUAUGGCUAUAGUUUACUUUUAAAAUGCUGAGCAGUAUUAUAACAGUUAUACAUCAGUAUUUCUUUUUGGUUGACUUAUGCCUUCCUAGCUUCGAGCAGCUUUAGAAUCAAUUCAUUAAGAAGAUAAUCAUGAAUUAAUGGGUGUGUCACAUCAAUUAAUUUGUGCACAGCUUUAAAAAACAAAUAUCGUUUUCAUCCUACUGAUGCUCCUAAGUAAUGCAGAAAAGGAAAUAAAAUUAUAUUGAAAAAUA